GUUGCCUGCGGAGGCCUCUGCGAACCCGGAACCCUCCACCUGGGAUCCCGGGAGCGGCGGACGAUGACGGCCGAGGAUCGAGCAGGCGCCGGGAAAGUGCAGUCAGACGGGGCUAGGGACCCGACGCCGCGUUUAUUGGAAGGGGGAACCGGACGCUGGUACUCUGCGGGAAAUGCUUCACGGAAAGUUAUGCACUGGCCGCAAGGGCGGGUCGCAGGUGCCGCGCGGGCCCUCGGAGUCAGGAGGCGCAUGAGGCUUAUCGGGAAGCGCAGGCGUACCAAAGCGCGACACUAGCCGGAAGUACCGUACCGUCGGCCCAGGGCUCGCCGGGAAAUGUAGUCCCUCGGGGGCGGCUCAGGGCGGUGGCCGCUGGUCCCACGGAUCUGGUGGCGGAUCAAGCGUGGACCCGGGAUGGCUGGGACGGGGGGCUCGGGGGGCCCGAUCGGGGCCGGGGCCCUGGCAGGCGGCGUGCGGUCCAAGGUAGCCCCGAGCGUGGACUUUGACCACAGCUGCUCGGAUAGUGUCGAGUACCUGACGCUCAACUUCGGGCCCUUCGAGACAGUGCAUCGCUGGCGGCGCCUCCCGCCCUGCGACGAGUUCGUGGGGGCUCGGCGCAGCAAGCACACAGUGGUGGCUUAUAAAGAUGCCAUCUAUGUAUUCGGUGGAGACAAUGGGAAGACGAUGCUCAAUGACCUCCUGCGGUUCGAUGUGAAGGAUUGCUCCUGGUGCAGGGCCUUCACCACUGGGACCCCGCCGGCCCCCCGCUACCACCACUCCGCCGUAGUCUACGGGAGCAGCAUGUUCGUCUUCGGGGGCUACACUGGGGACAUUUAUUCCAAUUCUAACUUGAAGAAUAAAAAUGACCUCUUUGAAUACAAGUUCGCAACUGGCCAGUGGACGGAGUGGAAAAUUGAAGGACGGUUGCCAGUCGCUAGGUCAGCCCAUGGUGCCACGGUGUACAGUGACAAGCUGUGGAUCUUUGCCGGCUAUGACGGCAAUGCCAGGUUGAAUGACAUGUGGACCAUUAGCCUCCAGGACCGGGAGCUCACGUGCUGGGAGGAGGUGGCCCAGAGUGGUGAGAUCCCGCCAUCCUGCUGCAACUUCCCGGUGGCCGUGUGCCGGGACAAGAUGUUUGUGUUCUCAGGGCAGAGCGGAGCCAAGAUAACCAACAACCUCUUCCAGUUUGAAUUCAAGGAUAAGACGUGGACACGUAUCCCCACUGAACACCUGCUCCGGGGCUCCCCGCCGCCCCCACAGAGGCGCUAUGGGCACACCAUGGUGGCCUUUGACCGCCACCUCUACGUGUUUGGGGGUGCAGCUGACAAUACGCUGCCCAAUGAGCUGCAUUGCUAUGAUGUGGACUUCCAGACCUGGGAGGUUGUCCAGCCCAGUUCAGACAGCGAGGUUGGCGGGGCUGAGGUGCCAGAGCGAGCUGCUGCUUCUGAGGAAGCGCCCUCCUUGGCUUCUGAGGAGCGGGGAGGCUUCAAGAAGUCUCGAGAUGUGUUUGGCCUUGACUUUGGCACCACCACUGCCAAGCAGCCUUCCCCACCAGCCUCAGAGCUACCCAGCGGAAGGCUCUUCCAUGCGGCUGCCGUAAUCUCGGACGCCAUGUACAUCUUUGGGGGCACCGUGGACAACAACAUCCGCAGUGGGGAGAUGUACAGGUUCCAGUUCUCCUGUUACCCCAAGUGCACGCUUCAUGAAGACUAUGGGCGGCUGUGGGAGAGCCGCCAGUUUUGCGAUGUGGAGUUUGUGCUGGGUGAGAAGGAGGAGUGUGUGCAGGGCCAUGUGGCCAUUGUCACAGCACGAAGCCGUUGGCUCCGCAGGAAGAUCGUGCAGGCACGGGAACGACUGGCCCAGAAGCUGGAGGAAGAGGCUGCUCUGGCUCCCAAGGAAGCACCUGGUAUGGCUGUGGGUGGGGCCCGGCCACCCCUGCUGCAUGUGGCCAUCCGAGAGGCCGAGGCCCGGCCCUUCGAGGUGCUCAUGCAGUUCCUCUACACCGACAAGAUCAAAUACCCAAGAAAAGGCCAUGUGGAGGAUGUGCUGCUUAUCAUGGAUGUGUACAAGUUGGCUCUGAGCUUCCAGCUGUGCCGCCUGGAGCAGUUGUGUCGGCAGUACAUCGAGGCCUCUGUGGAUCUGCAAAACGUGCUGGUUGUGUGUGAGAGCGCUGCCAGGCUGCAGCUGGGCCAGCUGAAGGAGCACUGCCUGAACUUCGUGGUGAAGGAGUCCCACUUCAAUCAGGUGAUUAUGAUGAAGGAGUUCGAGCGCCUCUCGUCCCCACUGAUUGUGGAGAUUGUGCGUCGGAAGCAGCAGCCACCGCCCCGUGCCCCUUCAGACCAGCCCGUGGACAUCGGCACAUCUCUGAUCCAGGACAUGAAGGCAUACCUGGAGGGAGCAGGCGCGGAGUUCUGUGACAUCACGCUGCUACUGGACGGGCACCCUCGACCAGCCCACAAGGCCAUCCUGGCUGCCCGCUCCAGCUACUUUGAAGCCAUGUUCCGGUCGUUUAUGCCUGAGGAUGGGCAGGUGAAUAUCUCCAUUGGAGAGAUGGUGCCCAGCAGGCAGGCCUUCGAGUCCAUGCUCCGCUACAUCUAUUACGGCGAGGUCAACAUGCCACCUGAGGACUCACUCUACCUGUUUGCGGCUCCUUACUACUAUGGCUUCUACAACAACCGGCUGCAAGCGUACUGCAAGCAAAACCUGGAGAUGAAUGUGACGGUGCAGAACGUGCUGCAGAUCCUGGAGGCGGCUGACAAGACGCAGGCGCUGGACAUGAAGCGGCACUGCCUGCACAUCAUCGUGCACCAGUUCACCAAGGUCUCCAAGCUGCCCACACUGCGCUCACUGAGCCAACAGCUGCUGCUCGACAUCAUAGACUCCCUGGCCUCCCACAUCUCCGACAAGCAGUGUGCAGAGUUGGGCGCCGACAUAUGAGGGCCCCGGUGGUGCCAGCCCACACGUGGAGAAUAAGCAUGCCUGUCUGUCCCCUGCAAAGACUGUGCUGGCUACCCUCAGGCCUGCGAUGGAGUGGUCAGACCUGCUGGCCAAGGGGCAGGGUGCUCAGAGCCUCAGAAGGGAGCUGAGGGGAUGUGGGGGGCUCCAAACGCCCCAUUUCACUGCUAAGGACAUGCCUCACAAGAAGCAGUUGGUGAAUCAGGCCCCUUGGCCAGCACCCUCUCCUGGGGUAGAGGGGUGGGUGGGAAGCUAGGAUUCAGUGACACAGCAGGAGGCAGGAAUCCCUGCCAGGGCCCAGCAUCGGGGAAAGCCCACCUGGGAGCUGGCUUUGAAACCCCCAUCCGGCAGGGACCCAGCAUAGCUUGUGGAUCUGGCCACUGAGUCAUGUUGCAAAGGUCCUUCCAAUGUGGGCACCACACAGCACGCCCUCACCCUUGCCAAGGUCCAUGUAAGGAGCUCCUCCUGUCACCUGGAUCUUGUGUGUGGGCAACAGUGGACAGAUGGAAUCUGACUCAAGAUGAAUUCUGGUGCCCUCCAAGAUGAAUUUUUGGGUUUGAAGGGCCUUAAGGUCAGCUCCCAGCCCACCGGGUCAACCACUCUGGACUAGGCCUGGAUUCCAGAGGGGCUGCAGGAUCCCAAGUGCCUGUGUGCACCUUGGGGCCCUGGGCUGUGCCACGAAGUCAACAAAGAUGUCCCCUAGGUCCCUGUCUGCCCCUCACUAGUGUUUAUUCUGUCAUAGACAUGCCUCCAUUAAAGCCACAGAAGUGCUACCUACUAUACACAACUUGCUGGCGCAGUCCCAGUCAGUGAGCUCUGGCCUCAGACCCUCGGCCCUCCCAAAGCUAUGGACUGACCACUUAGCCCAAUUGCUUGGGAUUGGCCAGUCUUGCCUGGAAUCCAGGCUGGCUUCUCCCCUCCUGAGGGGAACCCUGGGGUCACGACCCUCCUCCCCUAGCUGCCUUGCUCCUAUGCUGUACUGUAGACUUCUGCCUGGGCUGGGAACUGAGGACGAGGCACUGUGUCCUUUCCUGUGACCUGACAGAAGACCCUGUGUGUCAGUCCACCACAAUGUGGAAGGCACUAUUCUGCCUCCUUUCUGGGAACAAAUCUCAGGGACCCUUCUAGCCCGGCUGCCAUUUUUGAUGGAAAUGAUCUCUCUCUCUCUCUCUCUCUCUCUUACGUGCCUUAAAUCUCGCUUCCUUUCCCUGGCUGUGCCGCACACAAAUGUGGUACCUGUCACCACUGGGCCAUUGCUGAAGAACCCUGGUGGCAGGUGGGCAGUCUUGGGCAAGGGGAGCCCAUCCAUAAGGCAGCCAGCAAGCCAGGAAAUGGUUCGGGUCAAGAAGAUGAGCUUGGGGGAUGAUCAGCAAACCCUGCUUGACAGCAGACAGGGACCCUUGUAACUGGCUGCUUGACUCUUUUCUAGACGUGAUAUGAAUAAAGGAAGCUAUACA